AUGCCUGUGAUGCAGUCGCCCGACGCCCCACCACGGUACCUUGACCAAGGAGCUGAGCAACUCCCAGAGUACACGAGUACUAGGCCAUUAUCUCUAGUAGCCUCGCGUCAUACACCAAUUCUCAAAGAGUUCACGUAUGACUCGAAGAAUAGGAAGGGUAGAUCGUGGUUAUCCCUGACUCUUAAGGGCGACACCCUACUCUCGAAGCAUACCCCAACUAUCGCUGAAGGCAGCGGUCUAUCUGGCUCAGUCAGCUUGAACCUAGAGAGUAGCGAGGCGAUUCAAGCUGUUAGCAUAUCCGUGAUUGGACAAAUAAUCACAGGGGCUAAUCCAGGCGAGUCGUUCACUUUCCUGGAAAUACCCGUCACGUUAUGGUCCAAAGCGUUGGGAGAGGCAAAUCCCGCCGGUGAUAUACGACAGGAGAGCAGCGGAAAGCUACUUGGGACAUAUUCUUGGCCGUUCCACGUCGAUAUUCCAAAGCAAGUUACCCUGCCCAUCGGCAGCUAUGGCUCAAGUCAGACGUAUACCCUCCCCCAGACUUUUCUAGAACGACAUACCAGAGCUGGUAUCAAAUACGAUGUCAUCGUACGCAUCUCGCGGGGGAAAUUACGCGUGAAUUCCAAACUCACCGCAACAUUCGGAUAUUUGCCAAUCAUCCGACCAAUGGCACCAUCUCCUCUCCGACAGCUUGCGUAUCAGGAGAACAGUCCGAUACUUGGUCCUGAAGCUGAUCCUGAAGGGUGGCACACGGUCCCAUCAACGUGGGUAAAGGGAAACGUAUUUGGCAAACGAUCAGUUAGUAUCCACUGUACCCUUUCACUUGCCAAACCCCUAUGCUACACAAGGGGGACGGCUAUACCCUGCUUCCUAGAUUUGCAGAGUGCGGACGGACAGGCAUUAGGGUUAUUAUCUUCGCCCAACGCUGUUGUCCUGCGCCUGCGGCGACGCGUGAAAUAUCGUGACAACAACCUGACAACCAAACUCGAAGUAGGGAUAGAUACAAAGGACAUUGUCACUGAUUCCGAGUCAGCUGUUUGGUGGCCCUCGAGGGAGGGUGAUACCACGAUGGACUCUCCUAGGAGGUGCCUCGCUGGUGAGAUCCAUCUCAACAAGAUUCUCAAGCCGACCACAGCCAUAGCUAAUUUCUCCAUCGAGUAUGCUGUGGUACUCUUUUCAUUUGAUGCGCCAGCGUUCACAUCCACAGGACCCGAUACUCUUCUCAUCCAACCUGUCGAAGUAGCGACGGCAUACGCACCAGGACCUCGCCCCCGAAUAUAUUCCCCUCCCAAUUAUCAGCCUCCUGUCCCUGUCAACCCUUUCUAUCAAGCGAUGCCCACCGAGGCCAGUCUUGGAUCGUUCUAA